AUGAUUAAUAUGUUAACACAUGUGCUUGCUCUCAGAAGUUUAAUUGAUCUUAAAGUGUUUAUACAAGUUCUUACUCUUAUUCAACAUGCUAUUGGUCAACUAUCAUCUUUAAUUGGUUCAAUUAGCCGAAUUGACUUCGACGCAAUCAUUAAUCAAUUCAAACCUAUUUUAAGUGAACUUAUCAAUCAAGCUCUUGCUACAAUGCUUGGUGGUCGUGCUUCAAUCGAUAUUGCUGCUGCCUUGAAUGGAUUUCUCGAAGAAGUCACCAAACCCCUUCUUGGAAUUGGUCAGCACUUCCUUAACCAACGUUUAGCUGCUGUUCUUGGUGGUCUUGGUAGCCUUGAUAGAGCACGUGCCAUUAGUGACCUCUUUGCCACUCUCUCGCAACAAAUUGGUAAUGCUGUUACAGUUGCUCAAGGUGUCCUCACAGGUGCUCUCGAUAGUUUAGUUAGUCUUGGUUCAAACAUCCUUGAUGCUUCAAAACCACACUGGGAACAUCUUCACGGUUCAAUCACUGAUGGUCAAUAA